CGUGUGUGUUGUCACAUACAAGGGUAGUGAGAGAGAGAGGGGGAGAGAGAGAGAGAAAGGUAGAGAGAGAGAGAGAUAGAGAGAGAGAGAGAGAGAGAGAGAGAGAGAGAGAGAGAGAGAGAGAGAGAGAGAGAGAGAGAGAGAGAGAGAGAGAGAGAGAGAGAGAGGAAUGCAGAGAAAGAAAGGGAGCAAGAUCAUGAAACGCAUGUUGUCCUUUUCUCUCUCCAAGACUGCUCCUCUCUCUGCAGACAAUCCCGACCGCCGUUAAUUAAGACAAAUGUGCGCCGCGGCUCCGCAGAUAAUGACCGGAGCGCUUGGAUUUCUGCACACGAGGAAGAAACUGCGGGCCAUGGCACUGUCAGUACCCGCAUUGCAUCACGGACACGACACCAGGUACCCCGCUGUCUCCCUCCCACCUCAACUGGAGCCGAAGAGGAGACUGUAGCAUCUUAUCAUAGAGUUGUCUUGCCUCACAACCCCAUGCAGCUGCGCUCUCAGGCGGCUGGCUGUUGUCUCUCCUGGUCUCCAAAGCCAGCCAGUAGCCGCCUGCGCCGCUGUGCGCUGCUGUGGAGGCGCAAAACCGGCAAUUACGCGCCGUGUUGACAACUUUGGCGCGGAGCUGUAUGGAUUGCGCAUCAGCAACAGGCCAGUCUAUGGGAUCUACGGAGAUUUUCCUCCGUUGGUCUUAAGUCUGAUUCUCCAGGAUUCAUCCGCUGCCCGACCACAUCAACCAUUAGGUGUGCGCUGCAACCUGUAGCUGUGCGCCCUUUUAUUUAAGUCAUCGUUCCGCCAAGGCGCAAUGGAGGGACACAGCUGACGCUUUUGAAUCAUUAGCCCGAGGAGGAGACAAGAAAAAAAGAAGAGGAAAGCGGCCCCUGGGGAAAACAUGUAUGGGCGGUACACCCAGGAGCUGGGUGUGUAUGCCAAGGAGGAAGCGGCCCGCCUACGAGAUGGAGGGGUGCGGGAUGGUGGAGGACUCCGGAGGAACACCAGUGUUCGCAGUCGUGCUGCAGAUCUGCUGGAGUAUGAGAAAGACCCCUGUGCAAAGUGCCAAUUGUGUGCGUCCCGCUGCCAGAAGUUCCUGAUCUCGCGGGUUGGGGAGGAUUGGAUCUUCCUCAUUCUGCUGGGGCUGCUCAUGGCUCUGGUCAGCUGGGUCAUGGACUAUGCCAUCGCCUUCUGCCAAGAAGCACAGAAGUGGAUGUAUGGGGGACUGGACAGUAACAUGCUUCUACAGUACAUCGCCUGGGUCACCUACCCCGUAGUGCUCAUCACAUUCUCAGCAGGAUUCACACAGAUACUGGCUCCUCAGGCUGUGGGUUCAGGUAUUCCUGAGAUGAAAACGAUUCUGCGGGGGGUGGUCCUGAAGGAGUACCUGACUUUUAAGACGUUUGUGGCCAAAGUCAUCGGCCUGACCUGCGCCCUGGGCAGCGGGAUGCCUCUGGGAAAGGAGGGACCCUUCGUUCACGUUGCCAGCCUGUGCGCCGCCCUCCUGAGCAAAUUCAUGGCCGCUGUUUUUGGUGGGAUUUACAUGGAAGAGGCCUUUGAGGGAAGCAAGAACGAGCUAAGGAACACAGAGAUGCUGUCAGCUGCCUGUGCCGUGGGUGUGGGCUGCUGCUUCGCUGCCCCUAUUGGAGGGGUGCUGUUCAGUAUUGAGGUCACUUCAACGUUUUUUGCCGUGAGGAACUACUGGAGGGGCUUCUUUGCUGCCACCUUCAGUGCCUUCAUAUUCAGAGUGCUGGCAGUGUGGAACCAGGAAGAAGAGACAAUCACUGCUCUCUUUAAGACCCGCUUCCGCCUGGACUUCCCAUUUGACCUUCAGGAGCUACCAGCGUUCGCCAUCCUCGGGAUUGCCUGUGGUUUUGGUGGCGCUCUCUUUGUCUACCUGAACCGGCUGAUUGUAGAGUGCAUGAGGAAGCAGAAGACUAUUAACAAGUUCCUGCUGAGGAAGCGUCUGGUGUAUCCAGCACUUGUCACCCUGCUGAUAUCCACCCUCACGUUCCCUCCAGGCUUUGGGCAGUUCAUGGCUGGACAGCUGACUCAGCACGAGUCUCUAGUCGCCCUGUUCGACAACCGUACGUGGUGCCGUCAGGGUGUGGCAGAGGAGUUUGACUACAUCAGCCACCACCAUGCCUGGAAACACCCCCAGGUCAACGUCUUCAUCACGCUUAUCCUCUUCAUCAUCAUGAAGUUCUGGAUGUCCGCUGUGGCCACCACCAUGCCUGUUCCGUGCGGGGCCUUUAUGCCAGUUUUCCUUAUUGGUGCAGCAUUUGGCAGGCUGGUCGGAGAGAUCAUGGCAACCAUGUUUCCUGAUGGUAUACAUGCUGACGGCAGUGUGUAUCCCAUAGUUCCUGGCGGCUAUGCUGUAGUUGGUGCUGCAGCGUUGUCUGGAGCAGUCACCCACACUGUAUCCACAGCGGUCAUAGUGUUUGAGCUGACUGGUCAGAUCUCCCACAUCCUGCCUGUGAUGAUCGCUGUGAUCCUGGCCAACGCCGUGGCUCAGGCGCUCCAACCAUCGCUGUACGACUCCAUCAUCCGCAUCAAGAAACUUCCUUAUCUGCCCGAACUGGGCAUGGGGCACCACGAGAAGUAUAAUAUCCGUGUGGAGGACAUCAUGGUCAGGGAUGUGCGCUACAUCACUCUUACCUCGUCCUAUCGGAACCUGCGGGAGAUGCUGCUGACUGCUCAGCUUAAAACACUGGCUCUGGUUGAAUCCAGAGACUCGAUGAUCCUCCUCGGCUCAAUAGAGCGACUGCAGCUCCAGUCUCUGCUCUCGCUUCAGCUGGGCAGCCAGCGCAGACUAGAGUACCUCCGCCAGCUGGCCCAGGACAACGGCACCCACGACCAGCUGCCAAGCCUGACCACUGACAGCACCCCCAGUUCGCCCUGCACCCACACCCACGCUCACAUCAACGCCGCCACCAACACCAAUGCUCGCCAAGGGGUCCGCUUCCUGAUCUCCACAGAGGAGUCUUCCUCCUUCAGCCCAGUGGUUUCCAAUGUUCAGCUUCCUCUGAAAUCUGCCUUGAAAACUGUGUCUGCCAUCAGCGACACAGAGACGCCAAAUAGCUCUCAGACCAUCUCCUGUGCUGACCAAGAUCAGGAGCUGCUGGAGAGCCCGGUUGGGCCGGCUCCUCCUGAAAAAAGAAAGCCCAACCCCAAACGUGUGAGGAUCUCCAUGGCGGACUCCACUGAAGUAGAAGACUGCAUGACCCCAACGGACAUCGCAGAGUGGGAAGAGCAGCAGCUCGAUGAACCGGUGGAUUUCAAGAACUGCAAGAUUGACCCUGCCCCCUUCCAGCUGGUGGAGCAAACAUCCCUGCACAAGACUCACACCAUCUUCUCUCUGCUGGGUUUGGAUCACGCCUAUGUGACCAGCAUGGGACGUCUGGUUGGAGUGGUCUCUCUCAAAGAGCUGCGUAAGGCCAUCGAGGGCUCAGUGACAGUGACUGGAGUGAAAGUGCGCCCUCCUUUGGCCAGUUUCCGUGACAGUGGGAACACGACAACCGUAUCUGAGGUGACAGAACUCCACAAACUGUGCAUCCGCCACAGGGGGCUCUCAUUGCCACGGGAACCCAACCCUCCUGACGUGGAGGACCAGCCAGAUCUCCCAUACAAAGAGAUCCCUGUUAACUUCUCUGACCAAACAAAUUUGCAGUUUGAAACUAGCCCUGGUGACAUCACAGAUCAGACAUCGGAGUUGGUGCUUCAGGAAAGCCCCUCGUUCACAGAGGACCAAUCGGAAUUUACUUUUGACUGCAGCCCCUCCCACACUGAAGAAUCGGAGCUGGGCUGUGACUAUGACCCCCCUAUACACACCCCUGAGCCGGACGAAACAGAGCAAGAGCAGGGGAGUCCACCUCUGAACAAGGACCACUCAGAACCUGAGGGCGAGGGUAGCCCAGGCCACUCUGAGGAUCAAUCAGAGUGAUCAGAGGGGAUCCAUACUGUCGCCUCGUGAAUGUUGACGUUUCUUACAUUUGUAGAGGUCACUUUCAUCUCCCAGGUCCAGCCUAGAUACUUGUAUUUAUAUAACGUUGCUCUGGUGUGAGUGAGUGAGAGUGAGCAUGAGUAGAUGUGACAACUUAGUAUUGUGUUUCAAACUGUUUUAAAUGCUUAUUUAAAAGACAGGGCUGGUGUUAUUCUUUAUUUUUAUUGCUGUCAACAAAUCCCACGAGAAUACCAAAAUCAAGAAUGCGUUAAAGGUCCCAUACUGUAUUUUUUGAUUAUAGAGUAGGUGCUAUAUAAAUAUUAUCAAAAUGCUGAGUCCACGGAGAAAUGCACACAGCCUGUAUUCAGGAACUCUGCCUUUAAUCGAGCCGUUUGGACUUCCAUAAGGUUGUGAUGUUGCAACUAUAUGCUAGGGCUGUCACUUUUUAUUUUAUUUUUUUACUUUAUUUAUUUUAUUCGUAUUUUUAUAACGUGACGUGAAAAAAUCAUAUUCAAACUAUAAUUAACCCAUUCAGAUUUUAAAAUGUCACCUGUAGCGCAUUAGGCCAUUUGUUUAUGUUUUGUUGUUUGCCAUCUCAGCCAGCAGUGGUUUGUAGUCUAUAGUAUGCGCCCUCUUGACCCAUCUGUAAAUUAAACCAAUGAUAUGUUUUGUUUGGCGAAUGGAAGACCUGAAGAGCAGCUGCAGAGUGGAUAAUUAUGACCCCAAAUCAUCUGAAAAGCAGUGUCUGUGUGUGUAAAAUAAUGUUACUUUGUCUGAGGCACUAAUUUAGCGGUUUCUGGAUCUGGGCAGUAGGUUUACUUAAUAAAUUUGAUAGGCUAUUAUUUACCUAAUUUAUAUUAUUUACCUAAUUUAUGUGCACUCGUUUCAUUUCAGCUCAAUCUGAGAGUCUCUACUGUGUUUUGCUGUCAUUUAAGGUUGUAGUAGUCUCUCUCCUCUCCUCUGCUCUCUGUGUGUCACUGAAGGCGGGACUUAACCCUUUCUACACACACGCAGAGCAGAGGAGAGACAGACGGCGGAGGAAGCACGGCACAGUUGUUGGAUGUCAGGGUGCACAGCCUGUUGCACAGCCUUCCAAAGGUUGGAUAACGUUAUCAUCAGCAGUAGCCAUCACAAUUUACCAGUGAGUUUUACCCAAAGACCUGGUUUUGCCUUGCUACGGGCCAGGCUACAAUCCGUUACCUGUGGUCGAACAUCUGUAUAAUGUUUGAUCCGAAAUCUGAUCUGAAAUAAGUGAGUGAACAAAACACACAACCUGAGGAACAACCUUAGCAACAAAGAAAACAGUAGGGACGGCUGAGUGUGGGCAUGUACGAAUUAUUUAACGUGUCAGAAGUAGACGGAGUGGUCAGAGCUGCUCAAGCUUGGACUUUUAACUUUCAGGGAGUAAUUGUAGAUGCGACUUCAAGUUUGACCAAGUUUCACAUAGAUAUCAGACAUCAUAACAGUGUAAAAAUGACAGAAAAUCACAAAAAGCAUGUUAUGUCCCCUUUACAACACUGGGAAAUGUAGUUUGUAGAGAACGUUACUCAAAUAGGAGCAAGUACUACUUAGUUGGGGACUAUUUUUUAUCUGCGGAUUAAUACACAUUUGGUGCUCCACGGAGUAUUUAGAGCACCAGGACUGUGUGUGUUUGGUAUAUACUCCAUAUAUAUAAUACUCAUAUUAAUUAUAGUGUCACACAGUGCAACAGUAUGGCUCGUUUUUAUUUUAUUUUAAUGGAGGUUUAUGGAACAGAGGAAUAAAAGAUAUUAGACAAUAUUCGUUAGAGGAACUGAUUCUUCUUAUUUUUUGAGUUUUUCACAGGAUUCAUUGAUGAUGAUUAAAAUAUGGAGUAUCACCAGCCCUAUUCUUUAAAUGUGUGUGUGUGUGUGUGUGUGUGUGUGUGUGUGUGUGUGUGUGUGUGUGUGUGUGUGUGUGUGUGUGUGUGUGUGUGUGUGUGUGUGUGUGUGUGUGUGUGUGUGUGUGUGUGUGUGUGUGUGUGUGUGUGUGUGUGUGUGUGUGUGUGUGUGCGUGUGAGAGAGUCUUUUUUGACACUUUCCCUUCUCAUGCCAAACUAACAUCCAGUAAACAUGAAUCCAGGCAUCACAAGGAGAUAAAUCCAAGUCACAUGCAAAUAAGGAGAGGGUAAAAAUAAAAGGAGCGAAUGAAGGCAAAGAAAAGCACAGAAGAACAAAGACAUGGAAAAUUAUUCUAAUGAGCACAUAACGAUAUGAAUUCAAACAACUACCUAUUCACAAGCACUGGACUAAUAUAUCAGAGGGUUGGACUUAAUGGUCUUUAUAAUUAAAGCUAUAGCGGUGUUGGUUUAUAUGUCGGCUGAUAUGCAAUACAUUUACAGUAAUAAUGCAGUAAAGGUUAUUUAAUAACAACAAACUCAUCAUUAGUUUGUCCAGACUUCAUUGUUUACAACACUGAGCAGUUUUUGUUUUCUUUUUUCUUUUACUACCAAAUAUCAGUGUCUAUAUCAGCUGGGAUCUACUAUUAUCACUUGUGACAAAGGCAGCUUCCAAAGGUCCACAAAGCUUAUUAGUACUACAGGGCUCCAGAUAAACAGUGAAGCACAUUGUAAUUAUUAGCAUGAAUAUAAUUUACUGCACAUGUAGCCUUGUUUGGCUUUAUUAGGGGCUGAUUCAAUAAGGGCAACAUAGACUCUUCGGUCUCCUUGUGUUUGAGUGAAUAUUUCAUCAUUUUUGAACUGCCUCAACCUCAUCUGCUAUGUGAAUUUACUGUGUUUUAACGUGUUUUCUAGCAUGAUAAAGGAACAACACUUGAGCUCAGACAGGAGGAAGAUACCGGCUGUUGUACAGAGCACACAGACACACACUUAAUACGCACACAUGUAUGCGGCCUGUAGAUAUUUACACCGUGAUGUUACACGUUUCUUUAAUCCAGCCUUGUCCCCGAUGCAGUUUUGAGAAAUGUAACUACUGCAUGAAGCAGUGAUACCCCACGAGUCCAACAACUGUUGUAGAGCAAAGUGUGUGUGAGUCCUUGUUACGACCCGAGUCAAAUAUCAAAUGGAUGUAAGUAUUUUAAGCUUCAUGCAAAGUUUUUGAGCCAUAUUUCAAUCUUAUGUGAUAUUAAGCAACAUCAUUUUUGUUUGUGUAAACAUUUGUGCAACAAUUUAUUAAUGUCUUAACUUUUGUUUGCAUAUAGAAUGUGAAGUAGUGCUCGCCAUAUAAGAUAACGUAUAAGGAGUUAAAUGUAGAGAGUGUAUAAGCCAAUUGGCAGCGUAUCUAGUUAAGCAAUAAGUCUGUAGUAUCUCCCUUUAUAUGGCAAUGGCCUGUAUAUGCUUUGUACAUAUGAUAAUACACGGAUGAAAUGUACGUACAUGCGAUGUACAUAGGAGAAUUAUGCAUUUGAAAUCAACAGCCAUCGUUAUUUUUCAGAGGACAUGAACAUGUUUUUGUACAUGAGUGAAUGAUUAAAUUUAAAG